AUGCUUCCUGAAAACGCAAUUGGAUUCAUCCUCGUCGCCUUAUGCUGGGGAUUUACGAAUCCGUUCAUAAAGAAUGGCUCAAAAGGUCUCGAGACCAUCAAGCGCAACUCGUGGCUGUCUCAGACUGCCGCUGAAUAUUGGUACCUGUUCACGCGUUGGCAGUAUGUGUUGCCACUGGUCUUGAACCUCUGCGGGUCGGUCGUAUAUUAUCAUACACUGGGCAAAGCCGACCUUUCACUCGCUGUGCCCAUCACCAACUCGCUUACUUUCAUCUUCACAACUCUGGCUGGUAUCCUUCUGGGCGAGAGCAUAGGAUCACCUCGAUCCUGGCUGGGCAUGGCAAUGGUCGUCCUUGGUGUCGGACUCUGCGUCCAAAGCAAGGCAUGA